AUGAAGCUGGUUACCUCUCUUUGGGCCCUGGCGGCGGCCUUGCCUCUGUCGACACUGGCCGCCCAGGAUACGUGUAAGCUCGUCGAGUCGUCUACCAAGGUCCAGCUCUACCGACGCUUUGCUCUAGCGUACACGUCCGAGCAGAACGAAUACUGGUCCACGGCGUGCGGCGCGCUGAAACCCUCGUGCAUCUUGUAUCCCAAGACCACCGAAGAAGUCUCCCAGAUCGUCAGUAUCUUGAAGGGAACCGGCGAGACCUUUGCUAUCAAGUCUGGCGGCCACAACCCAAACGACUACUUCUCCAGCGUUGACGGCGGGCCCCUCAUCUCCACUGACAAGCUUAACCAGGUGGAACUGGACAAGAAGGCAGGUACCGUUCGGGUGGGACCCGGGAACAGGUGGGACGAUGUGCUCGGCGCCCUCGACGGCACGGGAUUUACCGCGGUUGGUGGCCGUAUCGGCAAUGUGGGUGUAGGAGGCUUUCUUCUUGGAGGUGGUCUCAGCUUCCUCAGCGCCCAGUAUGGAUGGGCCGCGAACUCGGUUCUCGAAUACGAAAUCGUGCUGGCCAACGGCACUGCCGUGACGGCCUCCAAGACCCAGAACACGGACCUCUUCGCGGCCCUUCGCGGCGGCGGCAACAACUUCGGCAUCGUCACCUCUUUCCUGCUCCAGGCGUACCCCCAGGGGCAAAUUUGGGGAGGGACCAUGGUUUUCACGGAUAGCACGAAGAAGGCUGCUGCCCUUCUCAAGGCGGUCCGCGACUUCACCGAGUACUGCGACGACGACAAGGCCGCGCUCAUUCUGACGUCCGUCAAAGUUAUCGGCUUGGUCGAUGUCUGGGUCAUGUUCGCGUUCUAUGACGGGCCAUCGCCGCCCGACUGGGUAUUUGCCAACUUCACCGCUGUGGGGACCUUGACCAACACCUGCAAGACGCAAUCGUACGCUUCUCUCCUGUCUGCCAAUAAUGUCGGCGUCGUGAAAGGGAGCGUCUACAGUAUCGGAACGGAGACGAUGCCGCUUCCAAGCUCUCAAAACGAAGCCGAAGUCAUGGGGGCGUUCCACAGCCAUUGGCGUAGCGUGGCAAGCAGCGUGAGUCUAGUACCUGGCGUGAUCGCCAAUGUCGCCUACCAGCCCUUCCCCAAGCGCAUGGCACGUAUUGCCCGGGCCAAGGGUGGUGAUAUUAUGGAUAUGGAUGACGACGUGGACCGAAUCAUCAUCGAGCUCAAUUACAGCUACCUCCUCACGCUGAAUAGGAACAAGAUGGACAGGGCUAUGGUGGAAACCUAUGACGGGUUCCGGAAGUUGGUCCAGCAAUUCCAAGGAAAGGGAAGCUACCGGAAGCGUACCUGCCCUUGUUUAUGA